AUGGCAGCAAAUGAAGUAUGCGAUAGGUUUGCGGGAACAGGGUUUCAUGCCAACUUGAUUACAUAUUUGACCCAACAAUUGAACCUUCCGAUGGUUAAAGCUUCCAACAUAUUAACCAAUUUCGGGGGCACGUCGAGUUUCAUGCCCCUUAUUGGUGCCCUAAUCGCCGACUCUUUUGCUGGCCGUUUCUAUACAAUCGUCGUCGGUCUCCUCGUUUAUUUACUGGGGAUGGUCUGCAUCACUACAUCCUCAAUACUGCCACAGCUCCGACCACCGCCAUGCCCCACCAAAGAAAACUGUACGGAGGCUUCUUCAUCUCAGCUAUGGAUUCUCUACCUCUGUCUCCUCCUCACCUCCCUCGGCUCCGGUGCCAUCCGCCCUAACGUCGUCACUUUUGCCGCCGAUCAAUUUGACAUGACCACCGGUAAAUCGAACCCUAGCAGCGCCGGCCGGAACUUCUUCAAUUGGUACUACUUUUGCAUGGGACUCGCCACACUCACGGCUCUAACCAUCGUUGUUUAUGUCCAAGAUCGCGUUGGUUGGGGAUUGGGUCUGGGCAUCCCGACCAUUGCGAUGGUAUUUUCGUUCCUUGCGUUUGUGGUGGCGGCUCGUCUUUAUAGAAGGGUGAAACCGGAAGGAAGUCCGUUGGUCAGGGUGGCGCAGGUGGUGGUUGCCGCCGUUAAGAAGAGGAAGCUUGUCGUGCCGGAAAACCCUAAAUCUCUUUACGAAAAUAAAGAGUUAGAUGCCGGAAUUUCUGCCGAUGGAAGACUUCUACAUACGAAUACCCUCCAGUGGUUCGAUCGAGCUGCGAUAGUAACACAAGAUGACACGAAGGAUCCGACCACCCCAAACCUAUGGCGGCUGGCGACGGUCCACAGGGUGGAGGAGAUCAAAUCCGUCAUACGAAUGGUGCCGAUAUGGGCGGCGGCAAUCCUCAUGGUCACCGCGCAAUCGCACCAACACAGCUUCAUCAUCAUCCAAGCCGGAACCAUGGACCGUCACAUGUCCCCUUCCUUCGAAAUCCCUCCGGCAACUCUAUCGAUCUUCAGCGUCCUCACAAUGCUCAUAUGUCUCUCGGCCUACAACCGUUUAUUCGUCCCUUUUGCACGUCGAUUCACCAACAACCCUAUUGGCAUCACGUGUUUACAGCGAAUGGGGAUCGGCUUCGCUGUAAACAUUCUUGCGACCGUAGUUUCGGCACUAGUCGAGAUAAAGCGAAAACAAGUCGCAUUGAAUCAUGGCCUACUCGACAAACCAAACGUCAUGAUUCCGAUUUCGGUUUUUUGGCUCGUUCCUCAGUUUGCCCUUCACGGUGUAGCGGAGGCCUUUAUGGCGGUUGGGCAUCUCGAGUUUCUUUAUGAUCAGUCUCCAGAAAGCAUGCGAAGCACUUGUGUGGCACUGAAUUCGAUCGCGGUGGCCAUCGGGAGCUACGUGGGCACGUUCGUGGUAUCGUUGAUUCACGACUACACCGGAAAGGAAAAUAACUGGUUACCGGACAGGAAUCUGAAUAAGGGGAAACUAGAUUACUACUAUUGGUUAAUGAGCGGUAUACAAGUAGUGAAUCUAGUGUAUUACGUAACUUGUGCUUAUCUCUAUACGAAUAAACCGCUCGAAGUGAUCAUAGAUAACAACGAAGAAGGCGAUUUGGAGUUAGCGACAGAGAAAACAGUCGUCUCGAAGUCGUUAUUGAAUGGUCAAAACCGAGAUAGUGGAGAAAACGGGGAUCAACUAUGUAACGAGAAGAGAAGUUGAGUAACAUUUAUUGCUGAAUGAUUAAGCUAUAUAGACCGUUAAGCCCGUUAAGCCAAAACAAGCUAACAGUAUCUAGAAUCCUGGAAAAUAUGGUUAUGUAGCUAUUAACCACAUUCCAGUAGAAUAAAAUUGGAUCAUAUCCUUAG